ACCACAUAGAUAAUGGGAUCCUCGGUGUGUAUUUGACUCGAUCACCCCAACAAUUCUCUCUCUCUCUCUCUCCCCCAAAUGCCACCAAGGCACUCCUCCAUUCUGAAGCUGAUCCACAACAAAAGGAAAACAGAGGAGGAGCAAAAGCAGCAGAGGAAAGAAGAAAGAAGAGGAUCUGAGAGAAAAAUGGGUUCAUCAACAACAAACCCAUUCAAAGAACCUCCUUAUUACACUUCUCUCACUAAGAAACUCUUGCCCUACCUUCUCUACGCUCUCCUCCCCAUUGCCCUCGUCCGGUUGUAUUUCUACCCCGUUCCCGUCUCUCUCUCCUCAACCGUUCAGAUUCCCCGAAAUACCCCCAUUCUAACCUCCACCACCUCCUCCGAUUCUUCUCCUUCAACAGAAGGGGAAAGGGGAAAUGCUGAAAUCCCCUGCGAUUACUCCAAUGGCAAGUGGGUCCCAGACAAAUUGGGCCCACUGUACAACGACACAAGCUGUGGCACAAUCAAGGAAGGGAGAAAUUGCAUGAGCCAUGGACGCCCUGAUUCAGGUUACCUCUAUUGGAGGUGGAGCCCCAAUCAAUGCAGUAUUCCCAGGUUUGACCCCCAAAUUUUCCUCAAAUUACUCAAAAACAAGCACUUGGCCUUUGUGGGCGAUUCAAUGGCUAGAAACCAACUGGAGUCUCUGCUUUGCAUGGUAUCCUCUGCCUAUUCGCCUGAGUUGGUUUAUAGUACCGGAGAAGACGAUAAGUUUCGCCGGUGGCAUUUCCCUUCUCACAAUGCCAGUGUAUCGAUUUACUGGUCGCCGUUUCUCGUUAAGGGUGUUGAAAAGACGGAGGAAAAGAAUUAUAAUACUCUCCACUUGGAGUCCAUCGACGAACGAUGGGCGUCGGAUUUGGAUCAGAUAGACGUGGUUGUUCUGUCGGUGGGGCACUGGUUUCUGCAUUCGGCCGUGUAUUUGUACGGCAAUGAGGUGCUAGGCUGCCAUUUCUGCGUCGGCCAAAAUUACACCGAGGUCGGAUUUUACGAUGUGUUUGGGAAGGCAUUUAAAACCACCCUCAAUACCAUAAUCGAGAGGCGAGGAGGGGGGAAGGGCAUUGACGUAAUUGUGACGACUUUUUCGCCCCACCAUUUUGAAGGAGAGUGGGACAAGCUCGGUGCUUGUCCCCGAACCGAGCCUUACAAGGAGGGCGAAAAGCAACUCGAAGGGAUGGAUGCGGAGAUGAGAAAGGCCGAGUUAAAAGAAGUGAAAGCGAAAGUCGCCGACGAAAAGAACAAGAAACGUGCGAAAUUACGAUUAGAGGCCUUGGACGUGACGAAAUUGGCAUUGAUGAGGCCAGAUGGGCACCCUGGACCAUACUUGUACGCUAAUCCUUUCGCCAAUGGGAUUGGAGAGAGGGUGCAAAAUGAUUGUGUGCAUUGGUGCUUGCCAGGGCCUAUAGAUGUGUGGAAUGAGAUAUUGUUAGAUGUGAUGAUGAGAUGGGCAGGAAAGUUCAAGAGUGAAGGAUGAGAUUUUGUUUUGGAAAACCCAAUCUAAAAUAUUUUUUGAUUUAUUGAGAUUAGUAACAGCGGGAUCGGAGAGGUAAAAAUUGCAACCGAUAGUAGCGGUGAGACUCGAAGCCAGACAGUACGCCUCGUACAUAAGCUGGCCUUAACCAUUAUGGUAUUUGUUUUCUUCCAAUUGGGUGGUGUUUAUUGCUUUUGAAGAUAGCCCUAAGAAGAGGAUAUUGAUUGUUGGUCUGAUUUUUUUCUUGGUUGGAAUCUCCUAUUGUUGAGGGAAGAAAACAGGGAAGAGAGAGAGAGAGAGAGAGAGAGAGAGAGAGAGAAGCAAAUACAGAUGUGAGAGAAAAGCAAAUACAGAUGUGCCAAAUUGUUCAUGGAAUGGGUCUACAUGGGAUGUAGAGGUGAAAUUAAUGCUUCAGGACUUGGCAUAUUAAGGUAGAUUGGCUGGCAGUCCUUUUGUUUCUCUGAGUGUCCAGAAAAUAUGAAGCUUGGCCGCAUUCAUGGCAAGGUGUUUGCCUUCAAUUUUUGUUCUCUCUUCAUUUGGUUCCAUACAUGUCUAUAUUCGGAGUUGUUCGAUGAGUAUGAAUUUCACGUGCACUUACAUAACCAAGCUAAGAUUCUUUGUUCAGAC